AUGUUCUACAACAGAGUGGAAAUUAAUAAAGAUGAAAAACUGAUGGCGACACCUAAAGCAGUCAGGAAAAUGGCUGAUUUAGCGACUUUAGAUGCAGACAAUGAGAGCGAUAUACAAAUAUUAGACAAAAUAAAUAAAUUAGCAUACAUCUACUUGCCGGAUGGUUGGCUAGAUUGGAAAGUGACAGAACUUUUUACAGAAGAUCUCUUAGGAGACGAAAUGGAUGCACAAUUAUUAAAUAAUAUUCGUUUCGCUCUUCCCACUGUAGGUUUGGCACGAGCCUUUAGGCCGAAAGCUACUAGUUUAUCAGAAAGAAUAUAUCGAGAUAUGAAAUUAAAAAUGUUGGAUAGGCCAUUUUGUGUAAGGCUAAUUAUAGGGCCACUACCAUUAGCAGCACAAAUUCGAGGCUCUGUCGCUCAAAAUAAAAUACUUCUUGCAUCGUUAGCCGAGAUGAAGCCAAUAAUGAUUCCCAGAAAAGAAGCCUGUAACAACUAG